AUGGCCUUACAGAAGAGAUUAGACUAUGGAUUUCAUGGAUAUCAAUUGCCCCCCACACCUCGAGCUGCCAGAUCAGUCAGGAGGAGGCGGGGCUCUUUUAAGAGAAAAGCCGGUGACCAGCAGAUAUGUGCAUUUGACCUGUUGGCAACUGUAGCUGGGAAGUUACUAAUGGACGGGGAAAAUUGUCCGCCACCAGCAAAUACAUCUUUCACAAAGGGGCAUGCACCAUUUUUCAUAUAUACUAAUACUAUUUUAAAAGAAGAAAAUGACGAACGAAAAGCUCGCGAUCGAGAUGUUAUCUCGAGGCCGAUAUCAGGGAUAAAGACUCCUGAUUGCUCAGAGAAUAUAGGUCCCUUGGUCAACGAUGAUUGUAAGCUCCGCCUUGGAAUUUUUACUCAACCGGAUGUUGAGUCGUCGAAUUUUAGGCUUUCGACUACUUGUGGGCCAGAGGAGGGUAAGAGUGAGAAGGACGUAAAACUAGAGUUUGCAAAUAAUAGGUUUUUGUCAAUAAGUGAUAAGACUUCCCCGUAUAGUUCAGGACUUGUGGAGAAUUCUGACCGAAAAUCAUCUGCCUUAGUUUGUUCAGUUAAUAAUAAUGUAAAGUUUCCAUUUCUGAAGGACCAUGCUCCUUGUGGUUCUUUCCCUGUUUAUCGGGAUACUGUAAAGUUAGUUAAUAGGGAUGAUGACGAAAAUUCGCCUACGACUAGAAACAAGACCAUUAAGCCACCACAACAUUUUGGAGAGCGUAGGUUGAGGAAGUUGCUACCGUCCCAGCAUUGCAGAAUAACUUCUAAUGUGAAGGAUGAUGGACGCUAUACUAGUGAAAGUAUCAGUUGUCCCUCCAAAGACAAUAAUUUAAAGUGCCAAAGGCCUCUGAGAGAUUAUCCUUUCAAAAAGAGAAAGCUCUAUGACUGUGGCUCGGUGCCUACUUCUGAUGAAGGUGUUACCUCUCAAGUGACUGAAAAUGGCAAUAACGGAGAGGGACUCUGUUCUAAUCCUAAUCCCCACAGAGUGAAAUUCAAGAUCAAGUCUUUCAGGGUUCCCGAGUUACUCAUUGAGAUUCCUGAAACUGCUACCGUUGCUUCUCUGAAGAAAAGAGUUAUGGAAGCAGUGAAUGCCGUUCUUGGCAGUGGAUUGCAUGUCGGGGUACUUCUUCAGGGUAAGAAAAUUAGAGACGAUAAUAAAACUUUAGCAGAAACCGGAAUUAGUCAUGAUAACAAGAUGGGCAUGCUGGGGUUUAGUCUCGAGCCCAGCUCCAUUCCUACCCCAAUUCGACUUUAUCCUGAAGAUCGACCACGUCAACUGUUGUGUCAAAGUCCGCAGCCCCUGCAAAACUAUCCACCUCAAAGUGGUGGUGGGCAGAGGAAUUUAGAGCAUCGUGGAGAUGUGGAUGGAAGGAAGAAUUUGAUGGAAUGUGAGCAGCAUGAUUCUGGUCCUUCUUCUUCUCUCGGCAUCUCGUCAUUACAGAGAAAUAGUUCAGAGUGUAAAGCACUUACUGUAUCAUCAAGAAAGGCAGAUACUAUGGUUGUCCGCAAAUCCAAAUGCUCUGAAUCAGGUCAGCGCCGUAUCCGCAGACCUUUCACUGUUGCUGAGGUCGAAGCUCUCGUUCAGGCUGUCGAGAAGCUUGGCACCGGAAGAUGGCGUGAUGUCAAGCUCAGAGCCUUCGAUACUGCAAAACACAGGACUUACGUGGAUUUGAAGGAUAAGUGGAAAACUUUGGUCCACACGGCAAGAAUAUCCCCACAGCAGAGGCGGGGAGAGCCUGUGCCCCAGGAGCUUCUCGACCGAGUCUUGACGGCUCAUGCUUAUUGGUCGCAGCAGCAGCAGCUCAAGUCGCGGCCUGACACUUGCAUUCACCUUUGA